UUGAAUCAGGAGGGGAGGAAAGUUUUCACGGUCGGGACAGCGUUGCCUAGCAGCUGGGCAGAGGACUCACUCGCUCAGUUCACGUUGGCUCUCUUUACUGGUGUAUCAAGGAACCGCGGACAUUUGCCUUCUCAGUCAGCCUUGUCAUCUGUCUGUCUCCCUCUCGCCGUCUCUACGACAAACAUGACCCAGACCGUGACACUAAAGGGACCCUCUCCUUGGGGUUUUCGGCUGGUGGGAGGACGGGAUUUCAGCACGCCGUUAACCAUCUCCAGGGUAACACCAGGCAGCAAGGCGGCCCAAGGUGACCUGUGUCCGGGCGACACCAUCCUGGCCAUCAACGGCGACAGCACAGAGCACAUGACGCACAUGGAGGCUCAGAACAGGAUCAAAACCUGCACUCAGCAGCUCAAACUCAACAUCAGCAGGUCGGGACCGGGAGACAGAGUGUGGUCGCCAACUGUUAGUGAAGAUGGCAAGACAAGCCCUUACAUGGAGCCUGACUCACAGAAUUUCCGGCCCAUCACCAGCGGAUAUGGCGGUUACAGCCGUAAACCUUCGUACACCCCUGAACCCCAGUCCCCGCAGGCUACCCAGCCCACUCACCUGAAUAAUGGACACUCCAGACCCAACAACGGCCACAGCUAUGGAUAUGGAAACGGAACUGGAACCGGAACCGGGCACGGGCAUGGGCACGCUCAGUACAACAACCCGGCAGGACUUUAUGGUGGCAGCAACGGAGACAGAUCUCUGCCGAGCAAGAUGGGGGGCCUCAGCCUCAGCGCCACACACAGCCCAGAGCCUCCCAUACAGUCCCCUGGUGGCCGUAAUGGUUUCGACCCACAGUCAGACGUCUACAAGAUGCUGCAGGACUACGAGGAGCCUGCCUCUGAACCCAAACAGUCUGGCUCCUUCAAAUACCUCCAGGGAAUCCUGGAAGCUGACGGAGGUGUGUCCCCAACAGAGAGAAUGAGAAACUUAAAGUCUCCAGUCAGGUCUCCAAUCCCCAAACUGGGAAGCCCCAUCCCCAGCCCCAUGUCUGGUCUACAGAAGCUACCCCAGUGCACACGCUGCUGUAAUGGCAUUGUUGGCACCAUCGUGAAGGCCAGGGACAAGCUCUAUCACCCCGAGUGCUUCAUGUGCGACGACUGCGGCGUCAACCUCAAGCAGAGAGGCUACUUUUUCAUCGAGGACAAUCUGUACUGUGAGACCCACGCCAAGGCACGCGUCCAGCCCCCUGAGGGCUAUGACGUUGUUGCGGUGUACCCCAACUCCAAGGUGGAGCUAGUCUGAGAUGGAGAUGGAGCUGGUCAUAGUGUAAUAUAACUGGGAGACCAAAAUAUGGGAGAACGGGGCUACUGAGAAUCCUAGCCUACAUUUAUCAGGCUCUGUCGAGCAGGAAUGUCGAUCUUGGAUCAGUUUUGUCUUUGGGAGAGUCCUAUAAGAUUUGUGUUUUAGUGAUCCCAUAUCAGCAUUUCUACACUGACAGACCUAAUAAAUGCUAUGUAUAUUGGGCAUAUUGAAAUAUGUUGAGAAUAAGGCUUGGGUCUGAAGAGUAUCCCAAAAGUUCAACUCAUUUAAAACCCAACAUUGUUUGCUAUGUCCUAAUCUGACAGCCCUCAUCUCUCAAUCAAUGUGUUCACAUUGAAUCCUAGAUAGAAGAUGACCAGUUAAGGUCAUAUUAACAGAGUGGGUGUUCAUAUGGAAGUUCAUAUCCACAACACAAGCACACAGUGUAUUACCCGAGUAUUCCAAUAAACCAAAAACAAAACAGAUGCAAAGAUGACGAAGAGAAAAUUAGGAAAAUGGAAUGACAUGUGUGAAAUGACUUCACCAGCAGCCAGCUAACAAUCAGCAUAUCAUCCAGUGUCCAAUGACAACUCUCCCAACAGCCUUAAUUGUAGAACACUAAUGUGUGUGUGAUAUGCAUUACCACAAGAGAUGUAUUUUGGAGCUGAUCGGUUUGUUUGCUGUGAUGAACAGUGCAGAGGAGUUUGUGGUUUUUCCUCCUUCGGACUGAUCUUGCAUUUACCCAUUAUAACAUCGAUUGUCUGUGUCUUUCAAAGUCAUCUUAGGUAUGGUUAUAUAUUGUUUAUGUUUUGGUUAAUGGGUUUAAAGGUUUAUGUGUCUUUUUAACUAUGUUACAGUUACACAUUAUACUUCUGUUGCAGUUUACUCCAUGUAUGCAGUUUACCUUUUGGACUUUUUUUGGACUUUCUGUGUUACAAAACUGGGGAACAUCUCUCUUUGAUUGCCUUUUUUUUAUGCUCACUUGUCAGUUUAGUGAAACAAUAAGUCAUUAUAAGCAGAUCAGGUACAGAUAUAAUUGUGAGUUUCUGGAAUGUGCAUCAGUAUGAGUUGGGGUGUGGUUUUACUGAACUAUAACCUAUAGUCAAAGCCUCCAUAUGCAGCUAUGCAAGCACCACCUUCUGACAUGUAAACAGAUCCCUGCAGGAGGCGUCCUCAAAGCUCUGUGAGAAACUCUAGAACUUGGUGAGGAUCCGUUUAAAGAAUUUCUCCCAGAUCUGGUCACAACCUCAAUUUAUAUAAAAAAAACAAAAAACAAGGCUUUAACAGUGAAAUAUCUUCAUCCACUGCAGUGAAUGCAUGCAAAGGUGAUAUUCUGAACAAGAAAGAUAAAGUGCUUCUGGCUCAUGCACCUGACUGAGAGAGGAAUUUCAACUCUCGCACUGAAGAAUUCAAGUUCAUACAGACAAGAGCACAGAGUUCACUGGAAGUGUUUAUUAAAAACACUCCAGGUUAACACCAGUGCGCUCUCUGCCCCUCAUGACAACUUAUAAAAAAUGGUCAUGUGCAUCUGAGACAGGAGAUACGGCCAUAGAAAACUGUUGGAAAUUCGUAAACUGGGACUCCACAGUCUCCAACAUGUGGGAGUAAUAUUCACUUUGUUUAGAUUUUUGGACCCACUACAUAGAUACAUUUCAGCUCCUCUUUGGAAGACAGAAAAAGACAGAAGUUGGAAGUAUGCAUAGUUUUAUUCCUUUCCUACUAUGAAUUCAGAUUCCUGGUCACAGCCAAGUCUGUGAAACAAAUGAAAUAUAUUUCUACAUUUCCUCUGAGAGAGGGGCGGAAGGGGAGGGAUUACGGAAAUGGGGAGAGAAAGAGAAAUGAGGGCACGGCAUGUAUUUUCUUCUCUUGACAGACUUUCUUUCUGCGAGAAGAAAGAAACGUGCCAUUAUGACUGCAAUAUGGGGGCCAUCUUUCUUGGCUUAUUGUGAAUAGUGAAGUGAACUGGGUGGAGAAGAGUGAUUUUGUUCUUAAUUUUAAAACUGUUGCUAACAAAAACUACUUUUUAUCAUUUGAGAUGAGAAUGAGAAAAUGAAUUUUGCAGUGCUCAUAUCCAUCUUUUUUUUGUCAUCAACAAUGUUGCGUAGCUUCUGGUAUGCCAUCUGUACUAGUUAUCUUGUAAAUUAUGUGAAAAUUAUAUUGCUACCACAUUGUUUCUUUGGUAUUGUACAUAUUUGUUUUAUUGUGAUUGCUUUAACAUAUAUGUAUAACAUGUCACUCACAUGCCUUUGCAUAGCCUGUGUCUUUAAAUGAUUCCUUUGACACAAAUCCUCUUCUUGUGUUUAACUUAUUGUUCUACCAACACAUGUUUUUGAUCUGGAUAUUCUUAUUUGCUUUUUUUUUUUUUUUUUUUUUUUUUUCUAGGAUCUAAAUAAAAUGAGAAGUGCAUUACCAUGA